CACCUUAUGAAUCACCACUGAAACCCACCAACCCUCUGAUGGAGUGGGAAACAGGCACCAAGCUCCCCAGCAAGCUAUUUUUAAAGUUCAUCUGUUCACUCUUACUGCUCCUCUAGAUUUCAUAUUCUCCAACCCCCAGAUUUGAAAGAGCUAAAGAUUCUCUAAAUCAUUCAUCAUUCCUUCAGCUAAUAAGCUCUGCCGUCCCCCCCCUUCCCUGUGCACUGCCCCUUCUUCUUCGCCACCCUCACCCUCUGCUUCUCCAGUUCCACAGGCAGCAGAAAAAGCAGGCUCUUUGUCUGACAUCAUCUUCCCCUCCCCAGCCUGUGAAGAGUUACUCAGGCAAUCCCUGCUCCACCAGAGGAGACUGUCCAAUUGCCGAGCAACCCACUGUCAGCCAAUCACAGAGCUUGGAGGUGAUGUCAUGGCAAGAGCCAGGCAGUGGUGCUGAUGUUGAGAGAAGCCCAGGGUACCACUAAUUGAAGGAGUGAGGAAGAGAGCAGCACGCUUCGAACUGGACUGCAGGUUUGUGACCGAGUCCUGAGCUGGUGCCAUACCUACCCUGUGACCUCCAGUUGGAUUCAACAACCAGGUCUCAGCAAACAUGACCCUUGCUGCCUACAAAGAGAAGAUGAAGGAGCUGCCGCUGGUGUCCUUGUUCUGCUCCUGCUUCCUGGCUGACCCCAUGAGCAAAUCAUCCUACAAGUAUGAAGGCUGGUGUGGGAGACAGUGUAGGAGGAAAGGUCAAAGCCAGCGGAAAGACAGUGCUGACUGGAGAGAAAGAAGAGAAGAGGCAGACACAGUGGACCUGAACUGGUGCGUCAUUUCCGACAUGGAAGUCAUCGAGCUGAACAAGUGCACCUCAGGCCAGUCCUUCGAGGUCAUCCUGAAGCCACCCUCCUUUGAUGGGGUUCCCGAGUUUAAUGCUUCCCUACCCCGGAGACGAGACCCAUCCCUGGAAGAGAUCCAGAAGAAACUAGAAGCAGCUGAGGAGCGAAGGAAGUACCAAGAAGCCGAGCUCCUAAAACAUCUAGCAGAGAAACGAGAACAUGAGCGGGAGGUGAUCCAAAAGGCCAUUGAAGAAAACAAUAACUUCAUCAAGAUGGCUAAGGAAAAACUGGCCCAGAAGAUGGAAUCCAACAAGGAGAAUCGGGAGGCGCACCUUGCAGCCAUGUUGGAACGGCUGCAAGAGAAGGACAAGCAUGCCGAGGAGGUGCGGAAAAACAAGGAGCUUAAGGAAGAGGCCUCCAGGUAAAGCCCAGAGGCCAAAGACGUUUCCAGGACAGCCGGACAGCUACAGCAGCUCCUGAGGCAGCCUCUCCCGCAGGCUGCUCUCCCAGCACUGGGGUUUGGGGGGUGGGGGGUGGCCAAGGGGUGUUUCCUCUGCUUUUGGUGUUUGUACAUGUGAAGAAUUGACCAGUGAAGCCAUCCUAUUUGUUUCUGGGGGAACAAUGAUUGGGUGGGAGAGGGGAGAGAAGGAGAGAAUUUGGGAAAUGGAGGUGGAGAAGAACUCAAGGACAUUGCUACACUGCCCAUUGCAGACUCCGGCCAAAUCCUCCAUUUUCAUAUCUCUGUCUGGACACCGAGCACCCAGGCACCGCAUCGAGGAAAGAUAAGAACCAAGGCAGAAGUUCAGAGUGAAGGGCAGAAUUCUGGGUGAGAGUGGCAGUAGAGGCAGGGCCCACAGGAGAAGCCUGGCACGAGUGGGGUGUGGGAUCCGGAGGCGUGGUUUCCACCUUGCAGCAGGUGGGAUGAUGUUUGAGUGUAUGUAUGUGUUAACCAUCACUUUUGAUCAUGACCAAUGAACCAUUUA